AGCAAGAGGCCACGAUAGCGAGGAAGUUACGACAGAUUCUUCACAGGUGUCGCCUACACUCUGGCAUCGGUUUUCAGCCGUGUGGCAGUUAGGAGUGCAGAGCAGUGGAGAGGCAGGAUGCCGUGCUGCGAGCUGCACCCCCGCGUGAUGACGCCCGAGGACGAGCAGAGGGAGCUGGAGGCGCUCCCCGCGGACUGGUGGCCGCCUGGAGUGCUGGAGCGGCUCAGCCGCGUCGCCGCCUUCUACGACGGCGCGGCGGUCUUCCUCACGGGAGCCACCGGCUUCGUCGGCACCCUCGUACUGGAGAAGCUGCUGCGCUCCUGCCCCGGCGUCUCCACGGUCUACGUGCUCGUCAGGCACAACAAAGGCGUGCCGCUGCGGGAGCGGCUGCGGUCUCACCUCGACAAAGUGGUCUUCAGCAAGGCCCGCGAGGCGUGCCCGGACUACCUCCGCAAGGUGGUGGCCGUGGCGGGCGACUGCACGCAGCCGGGACUGGGGAUCAGCCCGGCUGACGCCGCCGAGCUCACCGGCAGGGUGUCCGUCGUGUUCCACGUGGCCGCCACCGUGCGCUUCGACGCAGACCUUUGGACUGCCACUGUCACCAACGUUGGCUCCACCUGCGAGGUCAUCGCACUCGCCAAGCGAAUGCCCAACCUCAACGAACAGUGUUGCGUUCAUACUGUACGUUCCGAAGCGAGAACAUCUUACUGUGUCGUUAUCGCAGGCCAUAAUUAUUACCGUAGACUUGACGAGGUUGUUACUUCUCGAUUGCAGGCUUUUGUCUACAUGUCGACGGCGUAUUCACAUGCUCCCAGAGAUGAAAUCGACGAGAAGUUCUACCCUCCAGCACUGAAGGCUGAGGAGCUGCUGAAGCUGAUCAGCGUCAUGGACGACGAACAGCUGGCGCAGUUACUCCCGCUGCUUAUGGGUGACUGGCCCAACACAUAUACCUUCACAAAAGCAAUCGCCGAAGAUCUAAUACACUCUGAAGCCGUUGGGCUACCCGCCUCGAUCAUCAGGCCCUCCAUAGUGUCGAGCACCUACCAGGAACCACUGGCACUGUGGGUGGGCAACAUGUAUGGCCCCACUGCCGCAGGCGCCGGAUCGUCUGUGGGACUUCUGCACGCCAUGCAUAUGGAUCGCAGUGCACUAGUGGAUGGCGUGCCUGCAGACAUGGUGGCCAACGCCACCCUCGGCUGUGCGUGGGACACCUGGUGCAGACACAGCAGUCAAACUCCGACACAGCGGGCAACAGCUGAACCAGUCAUCUACAACUACGUGUCGACGCCACGCCAUCCCAUAUCCUGGGAUCUUUUAUGCCGCUACGUACAGAAAGGCACCGAUUAUCCCAGCAUACGAAACUUAUGGGUCGCUUACGUCGUACUGCUCAAGGAGAAAUACUUGUACGUUAUCGCCGCUGUCGUCCUCCACCUAAUUCCAGCUAUGAUCGUAGAUUCGUUUCUGUAUCUCAAGGGAAUGAAGCCAAUACUGUGGAACAUGUACUCGAAGAUUCAUAUGGUCUCACAAGCUCUGGAGCCAUUCUGGACUAAAGAAUGGACAUUCAAAGAUGACAACGUGGUGUCCCUGCUUGUCCGUCUUGGUGAAGCCGACAGAAAGCUGUUUCCCUUUGACAUCGCAGAUUACGACUGGGAGUGCCACCUCGCCAAUACCAUGCGUGGAUUUCGCCUUUACAUCAUGAAUGAGAGCUUCGACAACUUGGAGGCGGCCAGGAAAAGAUAUCAUCGCUUACUCGUUUUGCACUACACACUGCUCGCCAUAGCGAGCGCGGUGCUCCUGCUCGUCCUCUGGCGGAUUCUCGCCGCCCACAUAGGACUGUGACUCCCACGCGGCUGUCCGGCUGCACCAGUAACCUAGUGAGAUCCUGCAAGCGCGCCGUUUCUACAGAGCCCGUGAAUCACCUCAGCGCUGUCACUUUCCAUUAUCAGUUCACAUAUUUACGUGAUUUGGUGUAAAGCAUUUUUUAAUUGUUGCAGUUCUUUAUUCUAAAUGUAAAUUACCGUAGCUAUAUAAAAGUUUUAUUUGUAUUCUUACAUUUAUUCUUGUACUUAUAUUAUUAAGAUUACUUCUAUCACUAUUAAGUCACCAUAAAUCCUAAUUUUAAUUGCUUAUUGUUUAUUGUUAUGUCCG